CGUUGCUCAUAAAUGUUAAAUUGUUAACAAUUUGUAAUUAACUUAUUAGUUAUAUUUUAUUGAAAUUAUUUUCUACUCUCACAAGUCAUUGACUGAGUCUAGUAAGGAUUUUAUACGAUUGUUUGGGAUUUGAAGUGUUGAGAAUCAUGUCCAAAGACAAGAUUCAAGAAGGAAGAGAGUGUAUGGAUAAAGCUGCGAAAUAUCUGAAGACAUCUUUUUUAAAAUGGGUUCCUGAUUAUGAUAGCGCGGCUGACGAAUACUCAAAAGCAGCUACUUGUUUCAGAGUUGGAAAAUCAUAUAAAGAGAGUAAGGAAUGUCUUAUCAAAGCAUCAGAAAACUAUUUACAAAAUGGAUCACUUUUCCAUGCUGCUAAAUGUAUGGAUCAGGCAAUUAUAAUGUCUAAGGAGAUAGGCGAUAUGAGUGAAGUGUUUAAACUGGCUAUGAGAGCCAGUCACUAUUAUCAGCAACAUGGAUCCUCUGGUAGUGCAUCAUUAUUGUUGAACAAAGCUGCAGAUAUGUUACAACUAUCAGAUCCGGAAUCAGCUGUUAAGCUCUUGAAAGAAGCUUCAAACAUUUCUGGGACUGAAGAUUCGAUUGGACAAGCAAUGGAGUAUACACACAAAGUAGUUCGACUGUUGGUAAAAUUAAAAAGGUAUGAAGAAGCUGAAAACGAAAUAAAACGUCAAUUUGAUCUUGUUACCGAAGGAGGCCCAACAUCUAACAUGGGUAGAAUAACUGUUGAACUAUUUUUAUUACAAUUGGCUAAAGAUGAUAAUGUGGCCGCUAAAAAAGUAUUGAAUGAUUAUGGAAUGCAAUAUUGUGAACAAGCAGAGAUUCAUAUGCUUGACAGCAUUGUAAGUGCAUAUUCUGAUCAUGAUGGUGCUCAAAUCAAAAAAAUGUUGAACAGUCCUUUUAUUAAGCACAUGGAUGUCGAGUUUGCAAUACUUGCCAAGGAUUUGGCUGAAAAAUGUAUAGUGGAACCUAACGAGCAAGUUACCAAUAUUGAAAAUGAAGAGGCAGAAGGAUCAUCAACAGACUUUGGAGGGAAGCUUUGUUGAAGUAGAAAUUACCUUUUUAUAUUCUACCUUAUUUAUUCAAAUUGUAUUUGUCUCUUAGUUUGAAAGAGUUUAGGCUAAUAAUUUUAUUCGUCCUAUAAAUCUCAGUUAAAUGGACUAACAACAAUGAAACAUUGCCAUUUUAAUUUUUUCAAUACCUUUGUAGGUAGGUAUGUACUUUUGAGGUUGAAUUUUGAAUUGUUAUUUAUU